AGGAAUAAACCGCAAAUAAUCAACAUGUCGCCUGCACAGCAUGUCGUCGAUGAUGAAAAUGAGACCCUUGAUCUUCACGUGGCAGCCAGUACAAGUAAUCAGAAAAUGAAUUACGCAGAUUUAGAAGCAAAGUGGAGGGAUGUGCCAGAUAAAUAUUUUAUAAUUAUUGCACAUUUUCUUGCUGGUCACAUUAAUGAUACAGACGCCAUGGAUCGGUUCAAUGGUCCUAUACUAAAAGCAAGCAUCAAAUCAGUAUAUUGGAUUUUUAUUAUACAAUAUGCAAUUUUGGCUAUGUUGGGCAUUAUCAUGAAUGGUGCCAUCAUUGCAUAUGUUCUAUAUCAUCGCCUGUUUAAGGAUGUGACGCACGCGUUCAUAAUAAAUCUGGCGCUGUGUCAUUUUGUGCAAUGUGCUAUUGUACUACCGAUAACGCUGAUGGUAUUGUUAAUCCAGAAUUGGAUUUUUGGACAAUUUUUGUGUUUCUUUCUGCCAAUGUUGCAAGAUAUACCAUUGCAUGUCGCUAUAAUAUCGCAUAUACUCAUUGCCUGGGACCGCAUGCGUUGGUUGGGGGAUCCGCUGAAGGGACGCCUACCAGCAUUUGUUUGUUGCUGCGCGACUUGGCUAACGGGUAUGGUAAUUGCAUUACCCUAUCCCAUCUAUACAUUUUACGUUGAAAUUGGGGAUUAUGUGCCGCGUUUGAACGGAAUCGGAUUGUGUGUUGUCAAUUUAAUGGAUGACAUGCACGAAUACACGCGUGGAUUAUUUCUAUCAAUGUACUGCGCUCCUACUGUGCUACUCGCUUAUCUUUACAUAAGAACAUCCCAGGAGCUACGUCCGCCGGAUGGACCGUUUGCUGUUAUGAUGUUUGAACAUCGCGCCGACUUAAGAAAUCGUCAAAGAAACUCAUCAGCUUCGUCAGUUGAUCGCGGUUAUGGUGGUUCGAAUAGUAUUGCUACAACAGCGACUGCUUCUGGUUUAACAGCGCUGACCACAAAUACUGGUAGCGGUGGUCAUACUGGCUCUGGCUCAAAAUCUACACGUUCCUAUGAUUUGUAUAGUGCUGAGUUGGAUGUCAGUCGUGAGCGACGAAAUCAGCGCAAUUUUGGUAGCAUGGCAGCUACGCAAAUUGUCUGCUUAUGUCCUUUGAUGGUGUUAAGGUUGGCACGUCUCUCCAUGGAGGAAACCUAUGAAAAUCAAAAGCAUUUCGACUUCACUUAUUUGAUGUUUGUGUGGAUUGCUUUUUUGCCCACAGUCAUCUUUCCCUGUAUUUACGCAUCGCAAAUAUUGCCCAGAACGGAACAAGAACGUCUACGUGGCUAUUUCCGUCUAUCGUCGAAACGUAAACAAACAUCUCGUAAGAACAUCGGACGAAGUGGUGGCAAUAAUGAACAUUCGUCUAGCUCAAGGGAAAACUCCAUUGAAAAAGACGAGAAUACCAACACAACACUGGCAACAUCUAUAAUAUCGAACGGUGAAGGCUACAUAACUGGAGUUUGUGCUGGCGAUGCAACAGCAGUACGUCAUGAGCUGAAAUCAAGCAAACAGCAACAUCACGGCAACUACAAUGCACCUCCCUACAGACAGGGUAAGGAUAUGCUGUCAGCAGGUAUGGUUGGGAAUAAAGCAAAAACUCACAACAAUGACGGUAGAUUGAAGAAAAAUGAUGUUAAAAUAAAUAUAAUAUCUGAUGGUAAGAGUAAGGCGGGAAGCAGUAAUAGUAGUAAUAUAACAAUGCAGCAGCAAGUAAAAAAUGGCAGUUUUAGAAGUAGUAGAAAAAAUAGUGCCGGCGAUAGUAGCUGCGGUGUGAAUAGUAGCUUAAGUGUACACCGCAAGUAUACAAUUGACUCGCUGGAUAACAAUUCUUGUUCAAACAUGACCUCGUCAACCUAUUGUAAUGGUAACAGUAGCUUGGUGGACGAUGGUGGUAUAAGUAAUUUUGGUGAUGGCGAAGAUUCGUCUAUUGUUAGUGGUAUGAUUGUGCAUAACAAUGGCAAUGGUGGCACGUCAUACUAUGACAAGAAAUGGAGUCACAGUGGUCAAUCGUUACGCCAUAAAGAUGUAUCGUUCAGUGAUACAAGUUCUUUUACACGCAUGGAUUCAUCGAGUACAUUGGAACGUGAUUUAGAGAUAAUGGAUUUAUUAGAGCGUGAAAGAAGUAUGGACAUACAAGAAAUGAUUGAACGUGAAAAGCUGCAAGAAGAAGCACAACGCAGUGGCAGUGAACGUAGACGUUUGCCGGAUAUUGAAAAAAUUUAUCAACGUUCGCCAAAAGCUAAAAUUGAACCUUACAAUUACGAACAUUCCACAGCGACUGCUUCGACAAUUUCAGCGAGAGAUACACAUGUUAUGUCUACUACAGUAUCAUUGUUACCUGGUAGUGAUCCAUUACAAGCGAAUAGUGAAGCAUACAGUAUUGCAACGACUCUUAAUGAAGAUGAUUUAAAACAUGUUUUGCCUCAUGACAAUGAAAACAUAGAUGAUGAAGUGCCAGCAGAUUUCUUCGAUAAGUACACGCCCGGUGGUGUGGUAACGUUACCAAGCUCGGUGCCACCUAUCACACCCACAGCACCUUAUCAAUAUCAGUAUAAUCGACGUUUAAGUCGCAAAUCUUCACAUCACAGUCAAGGCUCAAAUUCACAUCGUAACUCUAAGCGCGACAGUUUUAAUUCGUUGAAUGGAUCUGAUUUGAUUGCAGGCGCAUUUGGGGAACUUGAUCCAACGCAACCACUAACGAAAAUGUCUGUGAUUGAAAACCGUAUGCGACGCAGCAGUGGACGUACUUCCAGCUUCAGCUCAUCUGCGCGCAGUUCGAUGAAGUCACGUGACUAUAACCACGGCUCAACGCAUUCAGCACACCCUGAGCUGGAUUUCAGGGAGAAUAUUUUUGCAGAACUGUAAAUUGUGAAAUGUAAGGCAAUCGUAGGAUCGGAUAUUUAUUGAUUUUUAAGCUAAUUUAGUAUAUUUGUGACAAA